AUGAUCAAGGCUGUGUCUCUUAGGAGUGGAAAAACAUUAGCAGAGCCCAUUGGAAAACCAAGGGCUGAGAAGGAGAUCAACUCAACCAAGAUAGCAGAAGAACAGAAAAUCGGCGAAUCUCUGCCUAAGGAGGAUAUUAGUAGUAGGAGGUUGAUAAACAGAAAUUUAGCAGUGCAGUUGAGAAAAGCAAGCACAUGUAGUGUUACCCUUUCCUCAAAAGAUGAAGCGGGAGAAACUAGACAAAUGCUUUGGGAAAUUCUUGGAGAUGCUGAAACAGCUAUGUGUGAACAUGUUCACCGAGGUGCAUCCAUUAACUUGAUGCCAUUAUCGGUGUUCAAGAAAUUGGAAGGAGAACUAGGAGUGAUUAAAUCGGUGCCGGUAUCUUUGCAACUGGUUGAUCAGACCACGAUCAUACCGGAGGGCAUAAUUGAAGACAUUCUAGUGAGGGUAGACAAAUUUGUCUUCCCAGUAGACUUCAUUGUAGUAGACAUGGAAGUGAAUAAGGAGCUGGUAGGUGAUGCAUUAGAGAGAUGCAUUAUUCAAUCAAGCACAACAGAGGAUGAAGAUCCUGAGAUCAAGAAGGAAGUUGAGGCACUGAAAGAUGAGAACCUGGUGGUAGAUGAAGAAGAAUUUGAGAAAGAAAAAUCAAGCCGAAGCUGGAAUUGGAAGUACUCCCGACACACUUGA